AUGUUUCCGCACGCGGCUUUGCCCGCUCCGUCGAAGGAAAUUUUAUUUGGAAAGAGACGUUUCAUCGCGAACCGGCAGGGCUGGCAGAACUCCAUCCGCCACAACCUGAGUUUGAAUAAGUGUUUUGUUAAAGUGCCGCGGCAUUACGACGACCCCGGGAAGGGCAACUACUGGAUGUUGGACGCCUCCGCCGAGGAUGUGUUCAUCGGAGGCACGACUGGCAAGCUCCGCCGGCGGUCAGCUCUCAACGGCCGGUCGCGGCUGGCUUGCUUCAAGCGGCCUCUGUUCCCUGGCGGCCCCUUACCGGCUGGCUAUCCGCCAACAACCUACUCACAACUAGUCGGUCUGUACUCCCAGCUGCUGUACCAGCGGUACGCGCCGAUGCAAAUGAAGACGCCCCCCGUCACGCCCAGCGCAGUUCACCCUGCAUUCAGAAACGAAAUGAACUACCCGAUGCAGUAUCCUACAGGAUUGUACUCUGAGAGGUUACCUUCCAGUCAUUUCUUGGGGCAAUCGCCUCUCCUCCAGAGCUCCUUGCAGAGUUCUCCAAUGUUAUCUCAGACCUCGCCGCUGCUACCCCCAUCACCCCCUAUGAUGCCACACUCACCUCCGCACUCCGGCGCGUCGAGUCCAGAGCUACCCUCGCCCUCGCACCACCCCUUAACGCCACACAUCUACAAACCCGUAACAGUCCUGACACGACAGUAAACCUAAAGAGGCUGAAUAUUAUAAUUAUAAUUAUCUGUGAUUUAGUUCUAAUGCCUGUGGAAUAGUUGAAGGUAAACAUUGCAAUAUUAUGUGUAACUCAUCUUAGCAUUCCGCUUUCGUUUGUAAAUAUAAAGUGUAUAUU